AUGAAUGGCUUCAAAAACUUUCAUAUUUAUCCGAUAUUUUUUUUGAAAUUAAAUUAUCUAAAUUUUACUCCUCAAAACAGUACAACAGUAACAAUAUUCCAAGUUACUAACAAAAUAGAAUCUUUUGUUAAAAAGUUAGAGUUUUGGACGCCGUAUAUUGAGAAUAACCAACCAGAAAUUUUUGAAACACUCCACGAUUUUCUCUGCGAAACUGAUAUAAACCUAUCGCAAGAUAUCAAAGUCCAAGUUGUUCAACAUUUGUAUGGACUCAAGGCUGCUUUUAAUAAAUACUUCCCAAAAUGUGAAAAAGGAGACCACUGGAUACUAUUCCCUUUCAGUAAAAAAUAUUUCGAAUCUGCAAUUUUAUCAGUACGAGAAAAAGAAAAACUUAUUGAACUGAAGACGAAUUCUUCACUUGAGUCUUGA